GGCCAGGAAUAGAAGAUGCCACUCUUCCCCACCCCACUCCGAGCCCUAUUCUCGCCCACCACCGCCGCCUCCUCCACCUCCGCCCUGCCGCCGCCCCGUCGACCGCCGCUCGCGGGGGCUCUCCUCUUCCUCAGCCUAGGAGCCGUAGCGGGCUGCGCCCUCUCCGCCCGCCGUUUCCCCUUCGUCCGGGCAAUAAGUUCUGCUAGAAUGGAGUCUACUUCCACGACCGUGCCUUCCAUUGUUGUAUAUGUGACUGUCCCAAAUCGUGAAGCAGGCAAAAAGCUAUCGGCUAGCAUUAUCAGUGAGAAACUUGCUGCUUGUGUGAACAUAGUGCCUGGAGUUGAAUCUGUUUACUGGUGGGAGGGGAAGGUGCAAACUGAUGCUGAAGAGUUGCUCAUCAUCAAGACCAGAGAAUCUCUCCUAAAUGCCUUGACUGAACAUGUCAAAGCUAACCAUGAGUACGACGUUCCUGAGGUCAUUGCGCUGCCCAUCAGCGGCGGCAACCUCAAAUACUUGGAGUGGCUCAAGAACAGCACCAGGGAGAAUUGAUCUGGCCAGAGCUUCCCAUGGACCGCAUUUGUGAGUAGAGUACCUAGUGGUGUGGUGUGUCUGUUCUGGUUUGAGACAUUGUGCUUGUGCAGAAUGACUUCAGUGGCUUCUGCGCGUCUAUGGUGAAUUGGUCGAUAUGUACCGUCUCCUAGGGCCAAAUAAACUUUCAGAAGCGUGUAGCGCCAAGACAAUUGCACAAAAUCCACUUGUCGCGCUCGUGUAGGACUGGUACAUUUGCUGGAUGAGGAGCCGUUGACGCUUAAGCCACACACACACACGUGGCGUGCGGUUAAAAAAGAGAUGAAUGAUAUCGCGCUUUACCUCCUCGCUAAGCUACUAGAGUUCCAAUAAAGUAGAGAUCUAUCUGUAAUCAGUAGGUUAGAGUAAUCCCGUCCAAGUACUCCGUAUGAGACAGUGGAUGUUAUGCGUGCUGAGGACAAUGUCGGUCUGUCUGUCACUGAUAAAAGUCCUCUCCAAUAAUGUGACCCUCUUUUGGCUUUCUA